CCCUGGUCUCUCUCUUGCCGCCUGGCAGCCUUAAAUUAGCUCUUUGCGGCAUCAGUUGAAUUUUGAAUGCGAACGCGUGAGGUUGUCCAGCUACGAAACGCGCUCUCGUCCUUUGUACAUACGUGCGGACUACGGGACUGUGCAGCAGGAUAAUUAAGCGUGACGCGUGUGCGUAACAUAAAAAUAAGCAUUAAUGCGACUGUGUGAAGUUAAAGUGAAGCUGCAAAUUAAAUGAAAAAAAAAAAACACCAAACGCAAAAGUAAGGAAACUAAAUUUGCAGCCAUAAAAAAAAUAAAGGCAAAAAUUCACACCGGUUUUGUGCGAUACAAAUCAAAAAAAGAAAAGUAAAGUAAAACAGCGAUAAAUAAAUAAAGCAAAGGAAAGAACGAGAAGGCGAUCAAACAAAUUCGUAAAGUUGCGCCAAGAUGAAGUCACAGAUAAGCAUGAAGCGGCUUUUGAGUUGUGCUCUCUUUUUGAUCCUCAGCUCGGUGUCUGUUCCCGCUUCGCCAAUGCCGCAAACGGAAGCCAGCAUCGUGGAAGGUCCCAAGUCUCAGAUGACCGCCAAGGAGCAGAGUUCCUUGGAAUUCCCCUGCGUCUACCAAGUUGAUGAAGUGCAGCGCCAAAGCAAGAGUGUGACACUAAGAUGGCGCAAAGAUGGCAAGACACUGCGUCAAGUGGAACUGGGAUUGUUGAGCAGCAGCAGCAGCGAACCGCAGCUGGAGACAAUGGUGCGAGAGGAUGGAAGAUUGAUUUUAAACAAGGAAACUGGCUCACUGCGAUUUGCCAGCAUUUUGGCCAGCGAUGCGGGUCAAUAUCAAUGCGAACUGUUGAUCGAGGGCAAAUCCGUAAUUAGCUCCAACACCGCCACAUUGGAGGUGAUUGAGCAGCUGAAGUUUAUGCCACAACCAACGUCAAAGAAUCUGGAACUUGGCAGUGUCAGCAAAGUGCAUUGCAAGGCACAAGGAACACCGAUGCCACAAGUUAAAUGGAUGCGGGAAACUCAACUAUCAUUGCCAGAAAAUGUGACAGAUCAGAAUGGCACCCUGGUAUUCCGUGCCGUGUCCAACGAUCAACGUGGUCAAUACACCUGCUUUGCCAGCAAUUCCCAGGGUCAAAUAAGCGCCACAGUCGCCAUAAAUGUGGUGGUGGCACCCAGAUUCACAGUGCCACCUGUGGCACCUGGCGAGGUGGCAGAAGGUGACAUCGCUGUGAUGCAUUGCCAGGCGACGGGAGAGCCGAAGCCAACGAUACGUUGGGACAAGGAUUUGAUAUAUUUAAAUGAGAACAACACGGAUGCGACACGUUUUCAUAUGCUGGAGAAUGGCACACUGGAGAUUCUCAAUGUGCAGCCGGAGGAUGAGGGACGUUAUGGUUGCACCAUUGGCAGCAGUGCGGGAUUGAAGCGGGAGGAGGUGCUCCUGGUUGUGAGGAGCAAUAAAUCUGCAUCAAAUUCAAUUAUAACACGAAUUAUAAUUGUCAUUAUUUGCUUGGCAUUUCUCUACUUUAUACUCGUGCUGGGAUUGAAGCUCUGGUAUCGCUAUCGUCGCCACAUGGGCAAAGUGCAGCUGGAGGAUGCCACACAUCCACCAGAUGCAGAUGGCGAUGGACAUGAGCAUGCGGAGCAUGAACCCUGCCUUACGGAUGCAAAUUCCAGCAAGAAUCUUAAGAGUAAAUUAAGAGAGAGCACCAUUUUGGAGCAGGAGUCGUCGCAGGUGGCCGAUGAUAUUGUUUAGGAUUAGCAAUCGACUCCUCUAGGCUCUCCAGCUGCCAUUUUCAAUGAUCUCCAUCCACGGAUCCAAUGUACUAUAUGUUAAUCCAAAUUUGUUGUUAAGCGUCAAAUGCCCUUACAAAAAUUUAUAUGUAUUUAUAAAUAGUAGUAUAAAUUUGUA